AACACAAACGCCGACCGACUCAGAUCAGCGAAGGUCCCGCAGUCGAGCGGCCGCCGAUUAGCCAGUUUCAUGUCAUGAGAGAGAUUUGGACACAAUUGAUACUGGGCGAUGAAUGUGUGGCUAUAGUUACGGCGUUGCUGAUAUAAGUGAGGGCACGGUAAUAAAAAAUACACUCGGAGAGCCUCGCAACUCGGGGUUGAGCACUACACCCCUUUUUCCUGUCGGGCAAGGAGCAAUACAGUAAAAAAUGGAGAAUCUGCACCCGCAUUGCCUUAAAUGCAUCAACAGAAGAUGCAUGGUAAGACCAGAAACGGGUGUCUCCUGCGACCUCGUCGGCUGUCCUCUUGUCUGCGGGGCAGUUUUUCACUCGUGCAAACUAGAAGAACAUCGUCUACUGUGUCCUUAUGAACGGCUGCCAUGUCUGAACAGUGUGUUUGGCUGCCCCUUCUCUAUUGCGAGGAUCAAGAUGGCACAACAUCUUGAGACUUGCCCAGCAAGUAUAGUAUGUUGUACUAUGGAGUGGAACCGCUGGCCCGUGAGCUAUGCUGACCGCAAGUCCUAUGAAAACUUGAGCAAAGACUUUGAUGAGGUGGAGCAAUUAGACAUGGCCUUGGCCCUGCAGGAUCAGAGGAUGUUGUUAGAGUCCCUGAAGGUCACAACCACUGUGUCAAAGAAUGGAGAUAAAGAAGCAGAUGAAAGUGACAAGAUGGCCACGGCAUCAAGUUUACCGGAGACAGUGUUAGGUAAUGGAACAGUGGAAAUGGAAGAGGAGCCCUAUAAUGGGUUGUAUAGCACUUCAGUGGAGACAAGUAGAAGUUUAGCAGCGGCCUUGGACAUCCUCACUAAUGCCAGGGAUAUUGAUGUAAUUGUUGGAAAUCUAAAUGGGGAAAAGACUGAUAAGAACGGAGCUCUCCGCAAUGGAGAAAACGGUGACAGUCAUAAUGUUUAUGUCGCUGAGGGUGGGAAGAAUGUAGAUAUGCAAGAGAGUGACUCCGAUUCCGACUGUGAGCUUGGAGCAGUAGGUGGAGUGGAUUGCGCAGUGGGGACAAAUGGAGAAGAAGAUGGUAUUGGCUGGGCAGAAGAAAAUGAUUUUGUAGAGUUGUUUUUCGAAGAAAAGGAAGAUAUUAUUGAGGAGCCAAUAAAUGAUUCCAACCUCGUCUGGCCAGAGGUACCUCAGAAUUACAUGCCUGUUGUAGACCUGGGGCCUCCUGUGCCUCAACAAGCACAGCUUUCACCUCCAAUGCCAUUCCUGCUGUCCGAUCAUGUGAGAAAUAACUUCUUGCAACACUUACCCACUGAACUCAGGUAUAGGUGCUUGGAACGGAAACUACAGAAUGUAGAAGUCCUUAGAGGUAUAAGUAUGUUUACAUUUAAUGGACGCCGGGCUCUGUUGUCAGACCCUUACUUGUUUCGAGCAAAGAUGGAGGACAAGGCAGUCGACACAUCUGACCUGGAGGUAGCCGAUGACCCCAUGGGCCUCCACGGCAUUGAUCUGAUCACUGCAGCUUUGCUCUUUUGCCUCGGGGAUUCUCCGGGAGGCAGAGGAAUCUCAGACAGCAGAUUUGUCGAUGGCUACCACAUUGACUUUGGUACUCAGACGUUUUCCUUCCCUUCAGCCAUUCUUGCAACCAACACGAUGGUGGGGGACAUCGCUUCAGCGUCAGCCUGUGAUCACGCCAGCCCACAGCUUUCCAACCCCAGCCCCUUCCACACUCUCAGACUGGACUUGGUGCUCGAAUGUGUGGCUCGAUACCAAACCAAACAGCGCUCCAUGUUCACUUUUGUGUGUGGGCAGUUGUUCCGGCGGGAUGAGUUCUCGUCUCAUUUCAAAAAUGUUCACGGGGAUAUCCAUGCCGGACUCAAUGGCUGGAUGGAGCAACGCUGCCCCUUGGCCUACUAUGGCUGCACCUACUCCCAAAGACGAUUCUGCCCGUCUGUACAGGGCUUCCGAAUCAUUCACGACAGGCACCUCGGCUCUUUUGGGGUUCAGCCUGGUCUGCCUUUAAAAACUGGGGACAACCUCCCAAGAAACACCUGCCACUUUGGCUCUCAGUGCGAUCAGUUCAGCAGUCUUCCAUUUGAGGUGUUGCAACAUGUAGCAAGCUUCCUGGAUAGCUUCAGCUUGUGCCAACUAUCCAGAGUGUCCCGCACCAUGAGGGAUGUGUGCGCCAGUCUGCUCCAGAUGCGUGGCAUGGUCGUCCUGCUGUGGGAGAAGAAACGGCGUGCUGAUGGAUCUCCUUCAUGGCAGAUCACAGAUAAGGUGUGGCGAUUCAGCACAGCUUUCGGUACAGUGAACGAGUGGAAGUUUGCCAACAUCGCCAGCAUGGCCGACCACCUCAAGAAGUGCAAGUUCAAUACGAUUGCUCGCCGGGAGGAGGCCAUCCCUCUGCCCUGCAUGUGUUUCACCAGAGAGCUCACGAAAGAGGGGAGGUGUUUACGUUCAGUUCUCAAACCAGUAGCGUAAGCGAUGAAGUCACCUUUUGGACAUUUCUGAGACCAUCAGAACUCAAAUACAUGUACUUUUCUCCAGUGUUUACAAACAUUAGUCUCUUCCAGCCUCAUAAACAUCGAAAACUCCUGGUUGGGUGUUAUAAGCUGUUGGUUGUUUUUUGCUUCGCAGUGGAAUUAAUCCUCACUCCCUUAAAUAAGAGAAAGCCAGUAGUGGGCUGAUUCAUGUUUCAGCAGAGGCUGAAGUGCUGCAAUCACAGAUUGGGAUUUUAACAAGCAAAGUUAAUUGCUAGCCUUGUAUCCCAGACUCUGAUGGAUUUAUUAAUACCAUUGUACUGAAGUUCUACUAUUAUCUACUCUGACUUUGUGUAAAUAAUCAGUAAAUGUCUUGAUUUAGAAUUUUUUUUAUUUUUAUAUCAAAAAAUCAGUACUGUGCUACAUUGGAGGUAAGAGUAGAGCCUUAACUUGUGAUACACUUUAUUUUCUAGUCUUGAGGUUGCUCGGAAGAUCUCAGUGAGAUUUCUCAACUGCUUCUAGCUGGAACAGUUUAUUAGUAUCUUGCACGGUUUUAUAUCUUAUCCUGAUACCCAGAGUGACCCUGUGUGUACUGCUUAGAUCUCAUAGAUUCCGUGGCUUUAAUUCUAAAUUUAAAGACUGACCAAACGUCUGUGGUAGCUCUGCACAAUGUGUGCCACUGUACAGGAUGAUCGAACUGUACUACUGUGGGUGUCGACUUCUGUUCACCAGCAUAAGCAUGUCACCAUCAUAAAUGUAGUGCGUGUUUUGGUUUGGCGCGUGGUGCUGAUGAUAUGGCAAUAACAAAGGUGGUCCAUCUUCUUCUGUUCAUCUGUCACUUCUGACUAAUGGGCUGGCAUGUUAGUCAGUAUAAUAUUAACACUACUCACCAGCCAAAUGGAAGUAGAUUUUUAGCUGUGGUUGGCACGUGGUUUGUCUUUUCUGCCAGCUACUUUGAUAAGUAACCAGCAAAUGUUUGUGGGCUCUUUUCUCCAAAAAUCUAGAUGUAGCAAGUAAAAUAAUGAGUGUACCCCGUGAAUAUAAGAAUCCAUCAGUGGCUAUCGGUAGUGAGCAGGAAGCUUGGUUUCCCUCCCUCAGUAUCAGACCUCAUAAAACCCUGCAGGCCAGGUGUUUAGAACUGUAGCGGGCACGCACUUCCCCCCAGUUAUGAGCAUCACUAAUUAUUUUCACAUUCAUUAUUUAUCAUGUUUGUAUGUUUUUGGCACUACAUGUCCACUGUGUUUAAAUGUUUUGGUGUCUCAGGGUUGUAGCAUUAAGCACUGUCUCGCAGUAGAUUGUGUGCGUAGUCAACAAAAUUGCUCAGAAAGACACAGCGACUUGUCAGCUGCUUGAUUAUUGUGGGGUCUAAGAACUGACUGGCGUACCGCUUAGUAUUAUUAUAACAUAACAGUGUGUGUUGCAGUGCUGGACAAAAAAAUUACAUGCUUUCCCGUUUGUCGUCCAACAGCGUUUUUUUAUAAUUGAGUAAGUGAAAAUGCUGAUUGAAAUGAUCUUGACUGAUAAGGGUAGUUUGGAUUUAGUACUAAGGUCCGACUACACAUGAACAUGACACAUUUUGCUCCCUUAUAUGAGAAAAUAGCCUCCAUUCCACAUUGUUUUUCAAUGUGGAAUGCAAAAUGGGUUGAAAAUGUCACAGAAAAGUAAUGGGUUACUGGUGAGAAAAAGUUGAUGUUCCUUUGUGUGUUUUUGUUGUUUUUAUAUUUUUGAAGUUUGACGUAAAACCCGAGCAAUGUUUGAACUAAGUUGUCUUUUUAUUCUAAUAAGUCCCAGUCUGUGUUUGGUUUAUUUCUUAUUUUUUGUACUGGUACUUUUAAUUUGGAACGAGAAAGAAUCUGCCUCUGUAAUGUCUAGAUUUGUAUUUGAAUUAUUGAUUUGCACAUGAAGGCAUGUACUGUAAAAUUUAAAUCAUGAUGCUGAGGGGUUUUCUCUGCUCAAGUAGGAGGGAUUUUACUCCUUUGUGUACUGCAUGUGAGUGUGAUGUCUUUGGAAAAUGUAUCUGUCAGUCCAGUUGCAGACUUAUUUAUACAGCUGAUUUCUCAGGCACAGUGCAUCAGUUCGGUACAUUUUCACGCGAGCUGUUACAUUUUUAAAAAUCUUGUAUCAUGUUGAACUUAGUCCAGAUCUGAUAGCACGCCUCAUUCUUCAGGUUCUAACCGUUUGAAAUUGAUGAAGUGGAACGGGGGACCUGAGCAUUAAAUUAGUCUUUUGCUCUACUGAGGUUCAUACAACUUUAUGACAAAUGUAUUUCUUCUACAGUACACUCUUGUUUUUGUUUUUUUAGCAAUGCAGACAAGUCUUUGCAGGCCCCUGGAGUCUAUCAACCUUUUCAUCAGAAUUAUAGGUUUGAUUUUCACUCCUACCGAAGUGUGUUUUAUUUUUCACAAUAUGACUGCUUCAUUUGUCUGACUUUUGAAGCAUUUUAAUAAAGAGGGUCUUGGUUUUUCCCCCUUUUUUUUGUUUUUGUUUUAAAUGGUUUACGGUAACUGCUUCUAUCACUGCCAACACAGCUAGAAAAAAGUGUUAACAGAGAACUUCCUGGUUCAGUCAAACCAGGUGAUUUGUGCACAUCCUGUCCUGUAUUUAGGACAGGCGGGUGAUAACAGAUUCAUUGAAGGAAUAAUGGAAGUUCUCUCACUUUGGUUUAACGCUUUCAAAACAUUACUGGACUGAAGAAAAGGCAACAUUUAAAACCUUACUGUGUCUUCACUGGGGAAAUGGCCUGUGUGACAAAGGACAAAGUUGAUGGUAUAGUCAAGUAAGAAAACAAAAAUACACAACAUGAUUAAAGACAACCCUUUAGAUAAAUUAUCACAAAUUGAAAUGUUGCAAAUUAAUAGAAAAGGGUCAAAAUGUUGCCCGUAUUCAGGCCAGUUAAGUGUUGGGAGUUUUAAUCCAGUGUGUGGACACUU